GAAGGAAAGGGUCAACAAGUCAAAGGCAAGGCAAGGCAAGGGAAGGGAAGCCAGCGCAUCUCCCUCCACCAGCCGCCACCGGCAUCUCCACCGGCACCGGGCAGGCGGACAGAUCCCCCUUUCCCCUCGACCGGAAUCGGAAUUGGAUCAAGGAGAAGAAGCAAGAUCCAGAAGUGCUCUGCUCUGCUCUGCUGCCGGCCGGCCAAGAUCGAACCUUGUACCAGCGAAGGGAAGGGGAAGGGAAGGGAGGAUGCUGCGGCGGCACAAGGGAAGGGAAUCGGCGUCGUCGUCGGAUUCCACCUUCUACCAGCUGCGCCCCGACUGCGCCCACAACGUCCCCGACACCAAGUUCAAGAUCAAGAUUGGCAAGACGCUGAGCGUACGCAAAUGGCACGCCGCCUUCACGCACCACGGAUCCCUCCACAUCGCCUCUGUUCUAAACCGGAUUCAGAGCGGGGGUGUGCACCCUGCAAUCAGGGGAGAGGUCUGGGAGUUCCUGCUCGGCUGCUUCGAUCCCGACAGCACAUUCGAUGACCGCGACCACAUCAGGCAAGCAAGAAGGAUACAGUAUGCUAGAUGGAAGGAACAAUGCAAACACAUGGAUCCUCACGUCGGCAGCGGCAAAAUCAUCACCGCCCCCAUCAUAACCGAGGAUGGCGUGCCUAUCAAGGACCCUUUGGUUUUACUUGAAGCCGCCACUCCAGACCAGCAAGCUAGUUUGAUCAGCACCAAGAAUGGAGAUGAGGCCGACCACCGCCUCACGGAUAAACAGACUAUCGAAUGGAAGCUUACGCUGCACCAAAUCGGUCUUGAUGUUCUUCGCACUGACCGCUCCAUGGUCUUCUACGAGAAGAAAGAAAAUCUCUCCAAGUUAUGGGAUAUUCUAGCUGUCUAUGCGUGGAUCGACAAAGAAGUUGGGUAUUGCCAAGGAAUGAGUGAUUUAUGCUCACCGAUGAUAGUGCUACUCAAUGAUGAAGCAGACGCGUUUUGGUGCUUUGAGAGACUCAUGCGUAGACUGCGCGGGAAUUUCAGAUGCACACAGCAAUCCGUUGGGGUUGAGAACCAGCUUCAGCACCUUGCCUCUAUCAUUCAGGUGCUGGACCCAAAGUUACAUGACCACCUCGAAACACUUGGCGGAGGCGACUAUCUCUUUGCAUUCCGCAUGUUCAUGGUAUUGUUUCGCCGUGAACUGUCAUUUGGGGACUCCUUGUACCUUUGGGAGAUGAUGUGGGCUCUAGAAUAUGACCCUGACAUGUUCUCCACAUAUGAAGAGAGCGGGCCUGCAACUGACAGAAGUGCUCAAGGAUAUAAACCAAGAGUAAAAUCAACCCGUCAGUUUGGCAAGUACGAGAGGGCGAAUAUGAAGAGUGCUACUAACGGUGUUGAUGGGCCUGUCCCUAUUUCUGUUUUCCUGGUUGCUAGUGUAUUGAAAGAGAACAGUCAGAAGCUGUUGCAAGAAGCCCGGGGAUUAGAUGACAUCAUUAGGAUAUUGAACAAUGUGAAUGGGAACUUGGAUGCAAAGAAGGCUUGCGCUGGUGCACUGAAACUUCACGCCAAGUACCUUAGAAAGAUGCAGGGAAAGAAAGCCUAACAUAGCACAGACACACCGACACUUCCCCUGGACACGGACACGGUCUCACAAUUGUACCACCUGGACACGGACUCAAAAUUGUAUGUAAAUUUGGAUGCAGAGCUUUGUUGUUUGGAAACGUUGAAGUUUCAGAUAUGCACCAGCCAACCAACCAACCAACCGGUAAAAUGUGCAUAAGCAAGUCAAGUGUAUUUUUCUUGGUUUUCCAAGUGUAAGAAAGAUUCUUUCUUUAUUUUUGCUCAAAAGAAGAAGAGUUCAUUUUAAUGUGUAAUUAAUUAUGUCAUUGUUAUCAAAGGAAAAAAGGAAAAGGGAUAAUUAAAGGAAAACAUAUGUUUUUAUGUC